ACACUUAGCGGCGCAUCACAGUAUUACUCCUGUAAGCCGUUUUGCCGCUGAAGCGCGUCUAAAUAACUGACCCCUCCGCGGUGGAAUCGCGCAAACAAUUUACAUCCGACCGUGUAAAUAUUCACGACCUCGGCGUCGCGCUUAUUGGGGGGCGGCGAAGGUCCCGCGCGAGUUCGUUGCUCCGUGAAAUGACGGAAUCCUAGUUUGAUUUCGAUUUUUCAAUACCGACGAUAGUUGGAUUGUUUUUACUACUUCUAUGCGGCGAAGACAUCGUCGCGAAUCGCGAAGUGCGUUCGUUUGAACGAGAGAGUGCAGCUUCGGCAUACCGCCCUGCAAAACUUGGAAGGAUACCGCGCGUAGGAUGUUCGCCACGGUCGGACUUUGACGAUCGGGAAUUGAGACCUCGAUGGACCAGAGUGUGAUUGUGCCAUCGGUGCUGCGCGACGCCGACAGCGUGCGGCUCGCCAUGAAAAACGAAUCCGAUUCCAGUCUGCACCAGCAGGAGGUUGUACACGCGAAUUCGUCCACAGUGGCCGCGCGAUCGGGCGUGCUGCCGAUGAACGCGAGCGGCUUGCAGCAAGAGACGGGCUUAGAACCGCUGAUGUGCAAUCCGUCAAACUCCGAGAUGCCGAGGAAGCCCGGCGCCCGACGCCAGGAGAAACCGCCGUACUCGUACAUCGCACUGAUCGUCAUGGCCAUCCAGUCGAGUCCGGGCAAGAGGCUCACCCUUUCCGAAAUCUAUUCCGGCGGCGAGCCCGCGCCGUCGGUGUACAGGAACGGCGAACUGGUGACGUUCAAGAGCGAGCCCGGAUUCGGCACCAGGAGUCAGGAUCAGCUGACCGCCUACAGACCGCCGGCCGACGCUUUCCCGGCGAUCAAGGAUCAUCAUCAACAGCAUCACGCCGAUUACAAGGACGAAGCCAUGAUGAGCUACAAGUGCGCCAAUUCGACACCCACCACCCAGGCACCCGGACAGGAUUAUUACGUCGGCUACGGUCUCGCGGGGGUCAACAGUGCCACCGGUCACGGCGUCAACAUCGGCAUGCAAUCCAUGCAGGAGCAGUCGGGCGGCAAUAGUAGCCCUAUGACGAACGUCAGCUCGCCCCAUAGCGGCUGUCAAACACCUGUAGCGGAUCACGGAAUAAAAAUGCAGUGUAACAAUUCUAGCUCCAGUUCGAACAGUUCCGGUGGUGGCAUCGUUGACCGGAAGCCAUCCUACUUCGCGCAUCCCGGAGGAUCGGUAACCUUGAGUUCCUUGAGUUCGCUAGGUUCGUUAAAUUUGAGCAAUAUUGGCGGCCUAAGCAUAUCCAACAUACCUGGCACAGUUUCCACGAAUAUUCAUCACGCGUCGACACCGCCGCCCACGACGAUGUACUACGAUCAGCUCAAGUACAGUAUGUGAAGACGCUCUCCCGGGCAAAAAAUAUAAUUCCGGAAGAGUUUCAAAAUUUCCAUAUUUUCAAUAUGUCGUUAAUACUUUAACGCUUAAAUUGUCAUGAACAAAAAAUGGACAAAUUUUCAAUUAGUUUUAUUAUUGGCAUUCCAAAAUGUUGUCUGGAAACGCAAAAUUAUGCAUAGAAACCAAAUUUGCAAAAAAGACAAUUUUGUUGAGUAAAACUUUUAAGGCCAGUAUACAAGCUGCAAAUCUUCAAUUCUUUAGUUUGAAUAUUUUAACUAAUUCGUUUAAACGUGCGGUAUAUUUUUCAAAUCAAUGGAUGGAAGUGAUUUAAUUUGUACAAAUAUAAUUUAAAUAAUCGCAAACUGAUUUUUCUGAUAUCUAAGACUACAAAAAUUUAUGAUUUAUUAGCAUUGAUUCGUUUUGCUUCGAACUUGGAAUCAUUAAUUUACAUAUAGUUCUGAAAUUUUCAAAAUCUUAGUUUAAAAAAUUGUUCAAUUCCGACUAUUUGUGAGAAAAGAGUAUCAACUCUUGAUUUGCAAUUGCGGGCGUGUUAAUAAUCAAUAUAUAUAAAAGUGUAAAAUAUAGUUACGUAAAAAAAUCACGAGAUCGUGGCUCAAACGUGCAUAGCAGCGCGCGUCGAGAGAUACGUCCGCUUUAAAAAAAAAAAAAAAAGAAAAACGUAGAUGCAUCUCGACCAUAUCCUAUUUAUAUUUAUGAUCCAUCAAUCGAUGUAAUUAAUUUAAGUUUAAGACGGAGAAACAAAGUCUGUACAAUUAAAUAAUGUUUGCUAAGAAAAUUCUCUGUUGAUUUCUUUGUCGCGCAAAAUUAUCUAUCCCAAUAAUCGAAAUAUUUCUAGAAUUAAGUGCUAUAAUUAUGUGUAUAGAAGUAUUUAGUAUUUUAUUGAAU